AUGGAUGGCCGCACACCACGACCGACGGGCCACGACUCCGCUAUCUGUGCCCGGCAAAUCAGCCUUGGCGCAGUCAUCGCACUCUACAACUACGGGCUGAACUACGAGAGCUUCAGGCUAGCAGCUGGCGUAAUGGAUCACUGGCGCGGGCGGCCCGAUUCCAUGAAAAACCUCAGCGUGGACGAGUGGAAACAGCUGGCCAUACCGGUGGACGAGAAAGGCGAGCACAGCCACUGCACAAUGCGCGACCCCCCGCACGGUGGCCAUGCGGCUCGCAUCGUGCCUUGCGCAUCGUGGGAGUUCGACCUCGGCCAGUACGGGAACAACAUCGUCAGCCACUGGAACCUAGUGUGCGACAGGCGCUGGCUCAUCGACGUCGCGAGGCUCGUGUACGCGGCUGCGUGCAUGGCUCCGCUGCCAGCAGUCGGAGCGCUCGCGGACAGCAUCGGUCGCAAGGCGUUCUUCGUGGGUGUAGGCGCCGUCGUGUCAGCCUCCACGGGUGCCCUCGUGGUACCUGUGUACGGGCUGAUUUAUGAAGUGUCGCCGAUUGAAAAAUAUUCUGAUUACAUAAUCCUGAUCGCGACAUCUGCGUUGAUGCUAUCACCCAUCACGCUGUUUACCGCUCAACUCCUGAAGGCCGGAUGGGCGACGCUGCAGCUGAUACUGAUGGUUCCAACGUGCCUUCUCCUGCUACUUUAUUACACCGUCGAUGAGUCACCCAGCUGGCUUUUGGAGACCGGCAACGUCAAAGAAGCCGAGCGCAUCGCUUUGCGUGCGGCAAGUAUAAACAAGGUCUCGCCAGAGCACUGCCGAGAUCUCAUGGCAGCUCAGGCAGCGGCGAUUAAGGCUCGUAGUCGGGAGGCUGGAAAUAGCAGCGGUAUCUGCAGCCCACGGUUCAGAGCUUGCACUGUUACCAUGUGUUAUAUGUGGACUGCGAUAGGCUACGCCUUCGACGCCUUCGUCAUUACCGACAGUGUUCCCGUCGGGGAAAUCACAACCACGCUGAGUUUCAUCGUGUCCUUCAUUGUGCUCGUGGUCUCGGCGCCGCUCAUUGCUACCUUCGGCUUCAGGAACACCGUGAGCACCUCCGCACUUGUCUCUGCCGUAACACUGACCAUCCUGGCCACUGACCUACGGGAGCCGACUGCGAUGCCUGAUUUGCUCGGCCGCCGUACAACGUUGCAGCUUGCCAUUGCUGCCGCCUUCAAGUCACUUUUCGUGGUGGGCGCCGAACUUGUGCCCUGUCACAUUGACGUUAGGCAGCAAUACCAAUUAGCGCCCAGCAAGAGCUCCGGACUCGGGACAAGCGAGGAUAGGAAGCGCGCCAUGCAAGAGACACUGGUGCGUAUGCCAAGGGAGCCCGUGAAGCGCCGCGGCAGCCCCAUCACGAAGGACAGAGCAACAUCAAGCGACUUACCAAUACGAACAACUCCCGAAAAGACAUACUAG